AUGGACGCUCAGCGGUGGCAGCAGCAACGGGGAAGGUUUCAUGGGAGAAUGGACGCUCAGCGGUGGCAGCAGCAACGGGGAAGGUUUCAUGGGAGAAUGGACGCUCAGCGGUGGCAGCAGCAACGGGGAAGGUUUCAUGGGAGAAUGGACGCUCAGCGGUGGCAGCAGCAACGGGGAAGGUUUCAUGGGAGAAUGGACGCUCAGCGGUGGCAGCAGCAACGGGGAAGGUUUCAUGGGAGAAUGGACGCUCAGCGGUGGCAGCAGCGAAGCUGGCAGCUUGGGAAGCAGGAUGAGGAGGAGGAGGAGGAGGAGGAGGAGGAGGAGGAGGAGGAGGAGGAGGAGGAGGAGGAGGAGGAGGAGGAGGAGGAGGAGGAGGAGGAGGAGGAGGAGGAGGAGGAGGAGGAGGAGGAGGAGGAGGAGGAGGAGGAGGAGGAGGAGGAGGAGGAGGAGGAGGAGGAGGAGGAGGAGGAGGAGGAGGAGGAGCCUGUGAAGAAGAGGGAGGGGUGGCGAGAGAUGAGAGGUAGGGUGGGUGUGCUGGGAGGCAGCAGCGAGCAUUGGGGGCGAGGAACGCCAUCAUGCACUCGCCAUAUGACAGCCCUCCGAACGCCAGUGGUGCUGCUCCCACGCCCUCCGAUUGCUCCGACUGCUGCUGUUGCUUGA